UUUCGCGGGCCUGGGGCAGGCGCAGAAAGAGAAGGUCCCUCCCCCCCCAGCGAGACAGCCUGCAGCGGUGGGACAGCAGUGGGCUCUGGCUGCUUUCCCUCGGUCGGCUCGCAAGUUGCAGGCAAGCGCUGGGUGACCUGCAGCAUGAACCUAACGGCGGCGAACCACCGCAUCCCUCUGAGCGAUGGGCACAGCAUCCCCGUGAUAGGACUCGGCACCUACGCGGACCCCAAAAUCACUCCCAAAGGUACCUGUGCAGAAUCGGUGAAGAUUGCCAUUGAUACUGGUUAUCGCCAUAUUGAUGGGGCCUUUGUGUAUUACAACGAGCAUGAAGUGGGGCAAGCCAUCUGGGAGAAGAUUGCAGAAGGAAAAAUAAAACGAGAAGAAAUCUUCUAUUGUGGCAAAUUGUGGAAUACAUGUCACCCACCGGAGCUGGUGCGUCCAACUUUGGAGAAGACACUCAAGAUUCUGCAGAUGGAUUAUGUUGAUCUCUAUAUUAUUGAACUGCCAAUGGCUUUCAAGCCUGGAGAUGCAAUCUACCCUAGAGAUGAAAAUGGAAAAUUCCUCUACCAUGAGACAAAUUUAUGUGCCACUUGGGAGGCUUUGGAAGCAUGUAAAGACGCUGGCUUGACAAAAUCCAUUGGAGUCUCCAACUUCAACCGGAGGCAGCUGGAAAUGAUUUUGAACAAGCCAGGGCUGAAGCACAAACCGGUCAGCAAUCAGGUUGAAUGCCACCCAUAUUUCACUCAGCCCAAGCUCUUCGAAUUUUGUAGACAACAUGAUAUUGUCAUUGUUGGGUACAGCCCACUAGGAACCUCAAGGGAUGAAAGAUGGGUAAAUGUGUCUUCCCCUCCUUUACUGAAGGACCCUGUCCUGAAUGCCAUUGCAGAAAAAUAUAACAAGACGGCAGCACAGAUCACUCUGCGUUUCAGCAUCCAACGAGGGAUAGUGGUCAUUCCCAAGAGCUUCAAUCCACAGCGGAUCAAAGAAAACUUCCAAGUAAAUUAUAGAUUAACUGAGCUUGAAAUGAAGGACAUUGAAGCCUUGAAUAAAAACAUCCGCUAUGUGGAGUUGCUAAUGUGGCGUGACCAUCCAGAAUAUCCCUUCAGUGAAGAAUACUGAAAAGAAGCAUCACAAAGCACAUUCAAUGCAGCAUUGCGAGGCUCUGUCCAAAACCACCUACCUUUUUAAAGGUGGUGCUUUCAUGGGAAGGGAGACUUUUCCAGAACAUCUCAAUUAAAGCAUGCAUUAAAUCACAUUUCACUUUUCUCUUCAAACAUUCCUUGUUGGGGAUAAUUCUGUUUAAGUUACUGCUAGGCCCAAACCAUGAGAGCUGAACACCUUAUUUUUUUAUUUGGGGCUGGAGGAGGGAAGAAAAUAAUUGUAGGAUCCAAUAUGUAUCCUAUUCGGUUUUAAUGUGCUCUUUCUUUACAAUAAAGAUCAGAACAUUCCUGAA